AUGGGGGUUCCCAAUCAUAACCUCGACGCUCUCGAGGAGCAACGCCUUGCUCUCGAAGAAAACAUCCUCCAACUCGAGAAAUCACUCUACCACUGGCGGACAUGGGAAGCCGAGUACGAUGGUGUCCGCGAAGAAAUCAGCAAUCUCGACGAUGACGCCUCCACCGAAGACUUCCUCGCCGUGGCCUCUGAAUUUGGCGGCACACUGGUGGACGAGAAGGAAAUGCACACGAUACUUGGGGCGCAAGGCGUGACACGAUCUCGCGGCCAGGUGGUUGAUCUUCUCGGUCGAAGAAUCGAUUAUGUCAAGCAAAAUGUUUCGACUAUGGAAAAGAGGCUGCGCAAAGCCCAAGAUGAGCGGGACGUGUAUAUGAGCGAUGUGCCUGCGGCACAACCCGCAGCAGAUUUCCCAAUGCAGGAGAUUAUGGAGGAGCUUGAUGAGGAUGGAAAUGUUGUCUCGAGCUCUGUCAAUGCUCCUGGUAACCAGGCAUCGGAGUUGCUUCAAAUGCUGGAGAAGGCUGGUGUCAAGGAUAUCUCGGAAACAGAAACCGAUGCGCAGGAAAAGCCAGUUGCCCCCGAGCCCAAAGAGGCGGCUGAGGCUGGAGCGCCUAGCAACUCAAAGGCGCCGGAAACGCAGCAGACUUCAAGCGAACAAACCGCAGUUUCGCAGCCAGAUAAUGUGCCCGUGAACGGGGUGAACGUUAUUCAGCCCCAGUCUUUGGUGACUGAUGAAGAUCGCAAGGUCCCGCCUGUCACUGAUGUUGAUGAAUCUCUCGAAGAAGCCAAACUUCGCCGCGAAAUGCUCGAGUAUGGAAUCAAUGAGGUUGGCGCUAUUGUUGCAGAACUGGAAAUGGAUGAAUCCGGAAGCGACAUUUCAUUUGAUGAAGAAUACGAUUAUGAUGAUGAUUACGAGGAAGAUGAAGAUGAACAUGGCAGAUCUCGCACGCGUCUACCGGCGGACUAUCAUAAAGAGAUGAUUGAACUGGAAGCUAGGCUAAACGCCAGAGGUCUGAUGAACAUGGGCAAAGACACGGAGACCUUCCCCGAGGAGGUGCAGCAAGAGAUCGAGGCACCUGCCGAGGUUUCGUCUGAGCCAUCCGUCAAGGAGAAGAAGCCGAAGAAGCGUGUUGCCUUCGCUGAGAAUCUUGAUAUCGCACCAGCCCAGGCGCCCCCGGCCCCUGCUGAGAAGAUCACCCCUCCACAAGAUGAGCCCCCGGUGCUCGCCGAUGCCGUUGUCGAGCGCUCAAGCCGAUCUCAAGACCCAGAAUCGUCGACUGCUCCUUCCGUCCCUAAGAAGACCUCGCGGUUCAAGGCGGCCCGGGCCAAUACCUCUGCCAGUGAACCCGUGACCACCGGAGCCACAUUUGCGAACCCCUCCCAAAUCACCGAGUCUCGUCUUCGCAAACAAGCAAACAGCACUCCAUCCGCGGCACCACCUGCUCUCUUCCCUGCGACACCACAAGAACCAAAGCCCUUCUCGGCCCCGAUCUCGGACAUCGUUGAGAAGCCCGUGACACCGCAGCCGCCUCAAGACCGUACUCUCGCCGAGAAUGUGCUUGAAAGAAAGAUCCGAUCAGGUACCGCAAAGGCUCCUGAAUUAGAUCAUUACGACGAAGAGUUCCAUCAGAAGCAGAUUGCGUCGGAAUUCUUCCGUAUGCAACAACGCAUGAAUCCGGGCCAAAAAGAAGAAGAACCCCAAGUUCUUCCCCCUGACCCAGAGGAGCCACCAAAGCGAGUGAGCAAGUUCAAGGCUUCUCGACUCGGAUGA